CAAAAACAACCCAAUGAGGGUGCUCAACAGCCCGUAUAUACACCGGGUGUGUCCAGCGGGUAUGAGGUAUAUUGUUCUACUCAAGUCUCUGAAGGCCUCGGACAUAGAUGUGUGGCGAACUGUCAUGACAUGGGCACGGAGCAAAGUUCAGAAGCAAAAAUUUGUUCUGGCCCAUUCAUAUCAACCAGAAAAAUAUAUUCAUCCCAAACUCUUAGUCCCUUGUGGGAAGUUCAUGAGGUUGUGUUCAUUGAACAUGAUUGAUCUUGUAGAGGAAGUGCUUGCAAAUCACCCAGAUAGAGAACAGAACAUUGAAGCAAUCAUCAAAUACCACUACAUGAAUGCCAAGCCUUCAAAAAGCUUGUAUAUUUGUACAGAGAGCAAAAAUGCUCACCAUUUGAAGCAUGAAAAGUUCCUAGUGAAAGUUGUGCCUAUUUGUGACGCCUGGGUUGAUGCGGUCUAUUUGUUGAGUUCUACUAUUACCGUAACCAAUCAAUUGAGUAGUCCUAUUGAGCUGUUCUCCAUUGUAUGCAGUGGUAAACAGAAACUCGCUCUUGAUUUCAAGGAGGCACAAGAGCUCUUGUCUUCCUCAAACCCUGUCUUACAGUCUAAUCACAAUGAUAUCAGUUACAACGCCAGUUGUUCUGUAAAAGUAAAUUGGACUGGAAAGGAGGAAUCCCCAGUGUAUGAGGUUAAGUUAGAUACUGAUGUUGCCUAUGGUCAUGACUUUCAAAUUACGUUGAGUUCAAAGGAUAAAAGCCUACGUUUACAACCUUGUGAAAGCUACACUAUUGUGACAAACUUCUCAAAGCCACACCCUCUGUGGUACAAUCUUGACAGAGACCAAAUCACCCCAGGUCAGAGUAAUGACCUUGAAAUGUGUUGUGGUUUGGUCGACAAGGAAAGGAUGUAUUUUGGUAGUCAUAUUAAAUAUAUUCUUUAUAGAAAAUGUAUUGAAGACAAACAAUGUUGAUUAUUGCAAAAGGGAGAUAUCUUCGACAACAGUAUUUAAACAAACUUUUUGGGAGUUUUUAGUUAUGAAUUUAUUUUUUUACAAUGGUCUUGAGUUGUAUAAAUAAAGAAAUAUGAAUAAAAAUUGCAUUUAUAUAA